UUGUGUGGGUAAAUUCUGAGUGGACGAUGCAAAAGCCCUAACAGAGGAAAUAACACCUGUGUUUGUCACCUGAGUAGUUUUAUUUGUUCAACUGUUAUAAAGAUGGAGCUGUACAUAACCCUUUUCACCUUAACCACCCUUCUCUCAACUCAUGCUGAAAUUGUACAUGAAUAUUUUGCAAUUCAUGGAUGCUCUUAUACAGACGAAGAGGGUAUGCAUGCAGUUGAUGGAGAGGAUAUGCAUGGAGUUGAUAAUGAGGAGAUGUGGCAUGCUGACUAUAGUCUGAAUUCAGGAGUACUAACGUUACCUGACUUUGGAGACCCUAUUGCAUUUCCUGGAUUUUAUGAAACAAGUGUUAUUGAAAUGACAGGAUGCAAACGUGAUGUAGUCUCUUUGACUAAAAUUUUUAACAGCCCACCUCCAGAAAUGGACCCACCACAGACAUCUAUAUAUCCAAAAGAUGAUGUAGAGCUGGGUGUUCAGAACACUCUUGUCUGCCAUGCGACUGGAUUCUAUCCUCCGUCUAUUAGAAUCUUGUGGACUAAGAAUAAUGUCAAUGUGACAGAAGGCAUUAGUUUAAGUCAGUAUCGUCCAAGGGUAGAUGGCACCUUCAACAUCUUCUCCACAUUUAGGUUCAUACCAGCUGAAGGAGACAUUUACAGCUGCAGAGUGAUCCAUGAAGCACUGCUUGGUCAACCUCAGGCCAAAAUAUGGGAUGUUGAUGUUGCCAUCCCAAGUGUCGGACCAUCAGUGUUCUGUGGAGUGGCUCUGUCUCUUGGACUUUUGGGCAUCGCUAUUGGAACUUUCUUUUUUAUAAAAGCAAACAACCACAAUGGAGAUAUGGAAGUAAACGAACAAACUGAUAAUUUAAAGUAAUUGGGUAUUUUGAAACUGGGUUUAAUAUUUUUGUUUUGUUUGUUGUUGUUUUUUUAAUACAUUUGAUGAUGUUCAAUUAUCAAUUUGCAAGUGUUUUGCUAUUUGCAUGUGUUUUCUUAAGCCAUAGCAAAUUUGAGGUCUC